CUUUUGAUUCGCUCUCACGGUCUCAAUAUCGGAUGCAUCACAGAGACUCCCCAUCGUAGCAUCGCUCUCCCGUGAACAAGGGCAAGAGUAGCAUGGUCGUCUGAUUUGCUCCCGAGCUCCACGCCGCGGGAGAAAGCGACGACAUGUCUGCUCCCAGUGAGAUCAAGCUACCGCGAAUACCCAAGUUUCCCACGCAUAAUGCUCCGCGCGUAUGGUUCUUGACAUGCGCCAACAGCCCCAUUGGCAUCUCCCUCUGCAGACACUUGCUGGCACACGGCGAUUAUGUCACGGCGGGCGUGCAGCCCACAGAGUUUGAAAGAGAAGAAGAGAGGAGCAGAGACUUCAAGGACUUCUUGGAAGAGCUGAGCGCCCCUCCUGCCGCCAGAGAUGGCCAGGAUGACGAUGAUGAGCCCGAUGAGCAGGGAAAGACGUCGAGAAGGGAAAAGGGAAAAGAGAGAUUGGAGAAAGAGCAGCGCGAACGAGAGCUGUGGAAGAGUAGACUGCGUGUUGUAGCGCUGGAUGUCAAGAUUAUGGGUCAGUGCCAGUCUGCAGUAGCAGAAGCUGUGCGCUGCUUCGGACGAGUCGACAUCUUAUUCUGCUGCCAUUCUGAGAUCGUGGUGGGCACGGUAGAGGAGCUUUCGCAGAGCCCUAGGACUCUGAGCUUGGUCAAGGAUCAAUUCGAGAUGAACUUCUUUGGACCCGUAAAUAUCAUCAAGGCGACGCUGCCUGUCUUCCGAGAGAAGAAGAACGGCCAUAUUGUGCUGAUGACAGCUGUUACAGGACAUCUAGGUACUCCUGGUCUGAGCAUGUACUGCGCGAGCCAGUGGGCUAUCGAAGGCUACUGCGACAGUCUGGCGUAUGAGAUUGCUCCAUUCAAUAUCCGAAUGACCAUCGUGCAGCCAAACAUGGAGGUCAAUGUUCUUACCCACCGCAUUACCUCAGCACCUCCGAUGGUCUGCUAUACCGACGAGAACAAUCCAGCACCGCUGUCGCGAAACAUUCUCUCCUCUCUACUGGACAAGAUCGAAGGCUCAGCUGAGCCAACUACUGGUGAUCAGCUGUAUUCGAGCGAGGUCAAGAGCCUCUACGCCCCGCUCAGCAGAGGUAUGAAGGAGCGACUCGUGGCCGAGACUGUGCACGCAGUCGCAGCCAUCGGCGGCCACGACAAUCCGCCCGCUCGGCAUAUUGUGGGCGUCGAAGGCGUCACAGCUGUAAAAGAGAAACUCAAGACUGUCAGCGAAGAACUAGAGGACUUCGUCGAGUGUUCAUGCGCCGCUGACAUUGAUAGGAACGGCGACAUUCCCACACCAGGCUGAGGCGCAUUCGGAGAAGCACAUUGUUGCCAGCGAAUGGGCGUUCUAUGCUGGCCGUGACCGGCAUUUUGCACAAACUGCAUGCGAGCAUGUACCUGGUUCAGAGCUCGGAUGCUUGCGUGUGAAUGGUAUGCCGAGCAUGCAAUCCUCCGAUGCACGCGACCCAGACUGGAAGCAAGCGCUGACCACUGCAGCCGAUGCGCAGAUACUGCCAUGGCCAACGCAGCUUCGCCACACUGCCUGCGGUGGCGAUGUGCGUUUGUUGGUCAUUGGCAAAGCCGCGCAUGUGCUCUCGGUGUUUGAUGGAGUAACAAAGUCGCCGCGUGGAGAAGGAGAAGCGUGGGCGGAAGUACCCCACAACCAGCAUUAGCGCCGCCCUAAGUGUAGACGCUUUACACCAUCGCCUUUC